UGUGAACACACUGCAGGUAAAACAAUUUUACAGCUUUAAUGAUUUACGUUAUGAAACUUCUUACAACAGAAAACAAUCAGUUUUGAACACAACAUAAUAGAAUAAUGAGCGCAUUAAAACAAAAUAAAGAACGUCUUGCCUCAAAUAUUUAAAAUACAAAACAAGUAAAUAACAGAUAUUAAAUAAUGUUUAAUGUUACAAUAACCCCCAUUAAACCUGUAGAAGCAACACAAAGUACAAAAUAAUAUUUCCUUAAAAAUUGUAAAAAAAAAAAAAAUCCCUGUUACUCCCAAAGUAUUCUGUGUCUAACACCUCUGUGUUAUAAUGAAUAGUGAUCUGUGUGUCAUGCAGUAUUUAAGCUUAGUUAUUAUAUUUGUAGGACAACAUUUUUAUCAUUGUGGGAAAAGUUUUUCAUCAGGACACUAAUACAAAUCUGAAAUGUGUGACACUGACAUUCACAUGUAUGUUGUGAUUGAUUUUGGCCUUUGAACUGUGUGAAAGCCACAGCUCAUGCUCAGAGUUUCCCAGCAGGUAUAUGUCUGAAAAAUGAAACAGGUGAGUCCUUCUUUAAAUGAGCGGCUGCAGCUCUGCUCCAACACAACACCAGGACACAUCUGAACCUGCUCCAUACAAAAGCAACUUGUACCUUCACUAAAAAUGCUCAACAGGAUGUUCUUGGUUUGCCUGUUUGUGGGUCUGUUCAGUGCAGGCUCCUCGCUGAGCUGCAGAUGGAUGGAUCAUAAAUUCAGACAGUACAGUGAAAACUCUUUGGAUCUACUGGACACGAUGGUCAAUAAUUCCACUAACACCACUGAGGAUGCUGAAGUGGAGCACACUGUGGCCUUCCCUAAUGAUCUGUACAGCCAGGCGUCCAAAGCAUCAGCUGAGGAUAAACUUGGUUUCACAGUGCAGGUUCUGGACGAGGUGGCUGUCCUGUUUGAUGAGGAUCACAGCAAUGCAUCAUGGGAGGAGAAAACAGAGAAGGACUUUCUCGGUGUUGUAACGCAGCAGGCUGACGGCCUUCGCUCCUGUAUUGGGAGCCACAGCCACAAGAAGAAGAACAAGAAGGUGCACAUGUAUUUCAAGAGACUCUCCCGCCAUGUUCUCGAAGGAAUGGGCCACAGCGCUGAAUCCUGGGAGCUGAUCCGGAAGGAAAUCAAAAGCCAUCUAAUGAGAGUUGACCAGCUGGUUUCAUCUCUGCUCACCGCCAACUAAAAUCUGUCUGUCAGAUUUACCAUCUCUUCAUUUAUUUGCUUUCUAUUUAUUUAUUUAGCUAUUUAUUAAUGUAUUUAUUUAUUGAGUUGUUGUUUAUUUAUAAACAGACUGGUUGAACAUAUAUUUUUCUAAGUUGAUCAACAUGCUUAUUUAUUUUUUAAAUGUGCCCUGAGUAAAUUGGAAUCUAUAUUUUUUACAUGUUGUACCCAAUAAAAACUUUCAGCAAAUGCAAAAGUGAUGUUUGUUUAA